AAGAGAGGUCAUGAGCUCCAGCAGUGACUUUGCCCCUCUGUGGGAGGGGACACAUGUGUCAAAGAACAAGUGGAUGGCUAUAUGGAGUUUGGGAACAACGCAUGAAGUCCAGUAGUGGAUGAGUUUGGUGGGGGCAGGAAAGAGGAUGUGAUUGUAUGCAGGACACACUGGUCCUCCCUGAAGUCUCCUCCAGCAUGACUGGUCCUGGGCUCAAAAUUGCAGUGCAGAGAGCACUAUAGCAUUGGCGAGGGAGUGGGCACCCUGCAUUGUCCUUCGAAUACCUCCAAGUGGUUCUGCACGCUUCCCCCUCAAGGUAUCCUGAAUGCAUGAGCUGGGGUGGAGGACCUGGAACCCCACUUCUCUCCUUGAUCUCCUUGCUGUCCCUGGGCUUUGUCCUGUUCCUACGUCUGCUGCCUGCUGCCUGCCUGCGGAGAGAGUGGUCAGUGCCUGAAGUACUGCUCUGCAAUGACCACAGCACGGUACCGCCCCACCUGGGACUUGGCCCUCGACCCGCUGGUAUCCUGCAAGCUGUGCCUCGGGGAGUACCCAGUGGAGCAGAUGACCACCAUCGCCCAGUGCCAGUGCAUCUUCUGUACCCUGUGCCUGAAACAGUAUGUGGAGCUCUUGAUCAAAGAAGGACUUGAAACUGCGAUCAGCUGCCCGGAUGCUGCCUGUCCCAAGCAGGGCCACCUGCAGGAGAACGAGAUCGAAUGCAUGGUCGCAGCUGAAAUAAUGCAAAGAUACAAAAAACUACAAUUUGAAAGAGAGGUGCUCUUCGAUCCCUGCCGGACCUGGUGCCCGGCAUCCACCUGCCAGGCUGUGUGCCAGCUCCAGGACCUGGGGCUGCAGACGCCGCAGCUGGUGCAAUGCAAGUCGUGCCACAUGGAAUUCUGCUCAGCCUGCAAAGCUCGCUGGCAUCCCGGCCAAGGCUGCCCUGAGACCACGCCCAUCACUUUCCUCCCAGGGGAGACCAGCUCCGGGUUCAAGCUUGACGAGGACACCGUGCCCAUCAAGCGCUGCCCCAAGUGCAAAGUGUACAUCGAGCGGGACGAGGGGUGCGCACAGAUGAUGUGCAAGAAUUGCAAGCACGCCUUCUGCUGGUACUGCCUGGAGUCCCUGGACGACGACUUCCUCCUGAUCCACUAUGACAAGGGACCCUGCCGCAAUAAGCUGGGCCACUCCCGGGCUUCUGUGAUCUGGCACCGGACACAGGUCGUGGGCAUAUUUGCUGGAUUUGGGCUCCUGCUUCUGGUGGCUUCUCCUUUUCUGCUCCUGGCCACCCCAUUUGUACUCUGCUGCAAAUGCAAGUGCAGUAAAGGUGACGAUGACCCACUACCCACCUAGAGGAAGGGAUGAUACUGGAAGGAGACCUCUGUUUCCAGAGAGUGUGGCACCCCCUCCCCACCCUUACUGUCCCCCUCUCACUAAACAUUUUUCUUGCCUUAUGUGCCCCAUUGAGCUUCACAGUGUCAGGCUGGAUGCCAUGAUUUCAGGGACCGAUGUCAGAACAUUUGCCAAGGCCCCAGGUGAGGUCACCUAGGCAUGGGGAAGGCAAGGCAGGUGUGGUGGGGCAUGUCCCACAGCAUCCGCCUCUAUAGAUCUGACCAGUGGUGUGGGAAGAAGCACACAAGACGGUUUUCUCCCUGAGGCAUAGACUAGGAGUGUCUGGGGGGAAUGGAGGAGCCCUUAACCUUGACCGAGCAUCGUCCAUCAUCUCCUCUUGACUUCAGGAUGGCACCAUGCAGUGUGGAGAAGAAGUCUUUUAAGGAUCACAGCUCUCUUCAGGCGGAAUCCCAGUAUUCCACCUUGUUUAGCACUCUGUUUAUGACAACUGUUUUUAUUACUAAUGGCAUUUAGUAAAAUCCUUUUUAGAAGGCUUUUUUUGUUUUCCAAUUGAGUAGGGAAAAUCAACAAGGUGCAUAUAAACCAUCCUAUGCCUUUCUUGAAAUGUGCAUUUUAAGAAGUUACAGUUAAAUGACUUUUCUGGCUUGACCACUUUUCAGACUAGAAAGCCUUAUGCACUCUGAGUUUUUCUUGAAACUUGCUGUAAUAACUUUCUGAAUGCUGUGAGCUGUGUACUGUGAUAUACACAGUUCCUAUAUUUGUCACAAAUUUUCUGAAAAUAUUGACAUGUUUAAAGGAACAUCUGAGCUAGAUUUGCCUUUUAUUUCUUCUUUGGUGAUUCCACUCACAGGGUUCAUCCCACUUCACCCAAGUAGCAGCAAAUAAUUUGUAUUCAUGUUUUCAAGCCAGAUGUUUUAGUUGGAAGCAGUUCUGUUCAGAGUCACCAGGGUUUAGCCUCUUGCCCCAGUUUUCAACUAGUAAGAAGAAAAUUCCAUCCUCCGUCCUCAGACACAGGGCCUUCUGCCAGAGCCUGGGGGAAUUUGGGACACCAAGCAGGAGUUUUCUGGAUCUCCACCUUCUUUAAACGCUUUACAUAAUUUUGAAAAAUCGUGCAUCUCAUGGCUUCAAGUCCUGUAGUUGGCCAGUUUGCCCUUGCUGGGAAAAAGAAGAAAACCAUCCAUUUCCUUCAGUUAUUUUGAUGUGGAAAUUUUAUCACUUUGUCCUUCAUGGGGCGGGUGGUGUGUGACUGUUUCCAUGGCAAUAAUGCACAGAUCAAUAACAACACACGCAUUACUCCAUCAAUUGACUUUAAAAAGUGGAGAAAGUAUUUUCUCAUGGAGAAUUGACUUCCAAAGCCAAAUGUGCUUGUUGUGAGCAAAAGGCAAACGCUGCAGAUUUAUUACAGUGCAUUUUCUUAAGACUUGUUGAGUGAUCUACGAGGAAGUAAAACAAAAAAUUCUUUUAUCUCCCUCAUUGGCUCAUUACAAGCACAUUUUUAAAACAUGGUUGUCUGGAGUGUCCUGGACUACACGUGCACGAAUUCAUCUCAGGUCCUCUUCAUUUCUGUCUAGAGAUUUCUUCUUUAUUUCUUGACAGUGAACAGCUGAGAAAAACCAGAAUCAACUUUUGUCUUCACCACUAGUCCUGAUUUUCUUCAUGAAAGUAAAGCCAUUUAGAAGAUCAGCCCGUGUCAAAAUUAUGUCCGGAGAGUUCUCCUUACGAUUGCAGUGUAAAAGCUCAGUAAUUAAAUAAGAACAUGGCUAUGGCCAUCUUCUGGGGGAAGCCUGGUCUUGGGCUUUGGUGUAGUAGGAAGUGUUCGAAUGGGUGACCAGCUUCACGCUCUGCUCAGUGGCUGAACACCUCAGCCUGCAGUUUGUAGAUACAGCUGUCUGGGCGCCACCCUUUAAAAGUGCCCAUCACAGGUGACAGGCCUGUGGCUGUGUGUCCAGUGGCCCACAGGGCAGCAUGAUACCCACUUCCUCUCAUCCAGUGCCUGAACUCAUACAGUACCCCUUGUCCUUGGGCUGGGAGGGAGAGCUGUGGAGGAUUUCAUUUCCAGGACAGCAGCUCAGGUUCCCAUGCUCCUAGAGGGCCGUCGCCCGAGGAGUCUCUGGCCUGAUCGUGCAUAUCUGUAGCCCCAGCCCUCCUUGUGCCUUCACCUGCUGUGUUUUGCAAACACAUGUUUCAAUCCAGGCAGGGACUAUAGCAGUUCUGGGGACAGCCAGAGGCAGUCCAGUGGGUACCUGCCAGCUCAGCUUUUGUGCCAAGUACACCUCGGUCUUCUCAGUGUGAUUCAGUAAUAAAAUUAAAACUGCCCCUUCCCUCUACAAAUACCAGGUUCACACUGACAUGCACACGCUUCCACUCCCCUGCUCGGCCUCCUUGGGAGACGAGUGCCGUGUCCAUUUGUUAUGGGGAUGCAGUCUUAACCAUGCUUGCUGUAAGAUGCAAAUGGAAGAUGGGAAAGGGAGCUUUGGUCUUGCUGUCACUCCCCAGUAAAACCCAGAGAGUUCUGCUUUUAGUUCAUGGACUUGUCCCUGUCUUUCACCGUGGUUUCUCCCAGGUGAAAAGUGACAUUCAUUUUUUUGAGAUGCUUUACACUUUAAUGUCCAGAAUCAUUUGACACCCGUUCAUUUAGAGACAGUUAAUGGCAGGGGACUGGGAAAGAACCUUAGACAGCCAUGGGUGCUUCAGGGCUGACCUGUUGGGCGUCUGUAGAGGACAUGGUUGACUUAUCAGUUUUCUGAGGCCCCCUGGCAACUGACCCUGUUACCAGGUUUUAGUGGAUCCUGUGAUCCAGCAAUCUGAGCCUUGCACCUCACCCAGGGCCACCACCUCCAAAGACAGUCAUUGUGGAUACUAGCGGGCCAGGUCUGACUUAGCAUCUCAGCUAAACAUCACAUGAAUUACUGUGCACAUCAGCAAUUCCUCCUGAGCUCUCAGGAAUGGCUCAGGCCAAGGAACUGUCAUCUGCCACCUCUGCAUCUUUGCAGAAUAUUAUUCCAUAAAACUGACUUGGGCUGGCCUUGGUGAUGCAUUCCAGCACUCGCGAGGCUGAGGCAGGAGGAUCGCCAUGAGUUUGAGGCCAGCCUGGGCUACACAGUAAGUUGAAGGCCAGCCUGAACUACAUAGCAAGAUCUUGUCUCAAAAAAACUGUACAAACAAAACAAAUAGCCACAAAAAAGCCUGAAUUGGGACCCAGGCCAGUAAUUCCAGGUGAGGACACAGUGUCCAUUGUGGGUGGAGUUUGCUAGAGACAAAAAUGGCAUCAAGAUGAAUUUUAUCUUUUUGACUUCCUUUAUGAAAGGAAAAAGUUAUUUAGCAAAUCAGGAGAGAAAAUUUUUCCUGUGGUAGUCUUUCAAAAUGAGGGGAUUGGAGAGAACCAGGGUGGGCUUGGGGUCUAUUUCUCAGAUCACCACUUAGGAGUCAACUCACCUGUGUAUAUACCUAUGUCAGUCACAGACCAUCACGGGAAAAUAUUCUGCAUGUAUACAGCUUCAUGAAGGUCUCUUAAAAAAUACCAAAGCCUAUUCCCUUUCUUAUGAUUAACCUAAGCCCUUAUGAAAAUAAAUAAAAUGGAGAGAUCUGAUGGAUUAUCAUCAAAAGCCCCUGAUUCAGCAGAGUGGCCUGCACUGAAAUGUAAUUGCUAGUGCAUCACAGGUAAGGAGCAUGCUGUUUUAUAUUUAAGCCCUGUGGUCUCCGUCACCGCCCUCUAAUUUGUGUAAUCUCGUCUUCCACGAUUUUAGGAGCCUUCUGUUAGGGUAGCUGCGUGCCUGAUCUUUGUUUUUCUUCUUUGCCCACUUGGCUAUGGGUGUAUUUUAAUCUUGUAUAAAAAUAUGCAUGAGGGAGUCAUGCACAUGUCUGCAUUAUGUAUUUGACGAGUGGUGGUCGAACAAAAACGAAACGAAUUCGGUUUUGUGUCCUUUGCAGCGUCAGUCCGUUUUGUGCCACCGACACUGUGAUGUACAAAAGCUCUGUUGGAAUGCCUUUUUCCUGUUGCGUUUUGUACUUUGGAAUCCCCACGGAAACAUCUGAUUUGUAAUUUCAAUACAUAUUUUAAAUGUAUUGUAUCCUACGUAGUUCGUUCCCUUUUCAAAGGGAUUUCUUUUUAAAGAUAUUUUGGCUGGAAUACAGGUGACUUUUGCAAAUC